CCAGGGCUGAGGCGCACCGAGCCACACAGCACGCAGCUCAGUGAUAAGACUCCUUGGAAGAAGAGGAGCGCAAACUACCCUCCAGACCUGCCUCGUUAUUUCAGCUGCACUUUGAGGACGCACCAGAAACUGGAUUCUAAUCGACUCUGUUUGAAAGAAAUCCUUGGAAUAAUUUCACGCACUUUACGCAUCUCAUGGAUGAUUUUUUUCUCCUUUGUGAAUUCUGGACCUUUCCUCGCGUAGAAAUGUCCUUGAAUCGUCUCUCAACUGAAUUUGUUUCUAUCAACUUGCGCUUGUAGGCGAGAGCGCACACGUUUUGCGCAAGGUGCACGUCGGAGAAAAAAGUUGGAAGUGUCUUAUCAUCCUGCGCACAGUAAACUUUAAAAAAAAAAAAAGAGUCUCCCACACGUGAGGCGCCUCUGACCGACCUUCUCCUCCCCGUGCCUCGGACACCUCCGCCGGUGGAGACGAUCCACGCGUAAAGGCGCGCGCAGUGCAGAGGAGAGGGAGACUCUCGCGCCUCCAUAAAUGCCCGGUCCGUCAGAGAGGCUCGAGGCUGGGCAGCAAGAUGAGCGCGUGGGUACAGCUCGUGUUGCUGGCGGCGUGUCUGCGGUUCGGCGUGGCCGAGGGGGAGCCUCUGCCUGCAGCCCUGGUGGAGCUGGUUAGAAACAGCCCCAUCACGUCCAUAGAGGACCUCCAGCUGCUGCUGCUCUCUGACUCCGUAGACGAGGAGGACGAGACCUCUGCAGUCAGUGGAGGUCACAGACUACCAAGGAGCCUCGAUGCCCAACCGGCCCAGCAGGCUCUGUGUAAAAUACGUACAGAGGUGGUUGAGGUUACCAGGGCCAUGUUGGAUCGUAGCAAUGCUAACUUCAUGUUAUGGCCACCAUGCGUCGAGGUGCAGCGCUGCUCCGGCUGCUGCAACACCAAGAGCCUGCACUGUGUCCCUUUCGUCACGCACACCAGACACUUGCAGGUGAUGAAGAUCGAAUACAUUAAUAAAAGACCCACUUACACUAAAGCAGUGGUGUCCGUGGUGGAUCAUGUGGAGUGCCGAUGUCAGCCUGCGCCACGCGCCCCAGCGCCCAGGAGAAAAUCAUCGCGCAGGCAACACGGCCACCAACAUCGAAACCAGACACUCAGCCAAGAACACGGACAGGUGAAGAUGCCCUCCAAGGAUGAGCUCCAUCAGUGGGAUGAGUUGAAGCAGAACCAGAGGGCCCAUCUGGAGGAGCUGCUGGAGCAGCACUGGAGCCCCAGAGGAGACACCUUCACUCAGCCUGGAGAAGGGUACAGUCUGGCUGGGGACGACAUGUCUCGGUCUACUGGAGAGGCUGUUCUCUUGUCCCCACACUGGACACAUAACUCCAGCAGGCUCCACGGGACCAAAGACCGAUCUGAGAACCCAGAGAACCUGGAGAGGGAGCUGGGUAGGAUCGCAGAUGGCAACAAGACAGUUUCCUCAGUGGAUAACGUUGGUGUUGAGGUAAAGAACAAGUCGGUAGAAGGUGGGAGUCGGUCACUGCUCAACAGUACUGAGGGAAAAGUAAAUGAGGGAAACGGGAGCAGAGACAAAGGAACACAAACGCAAGUCCCAUUAUUGCAAGAAGACAAAUCCAAAUUUACAAAGAAUCACAGGGGUGGCGUCUCACAACCUGUUACUGAAAACCCUCAAGUCAAACUCAGUCUUACUGAGGAAACCAUUAGCGAGAGACGUGGGAACAGGUUGCGGCCGACGAAGGAGCCAAAUCCGGAGCCUCGAGAGCUGGCGAGACGGAGAGAGAACGAGACUCCGGAGGAAGAGAGGAUACUGCAGAUUGAAGAGGCAAAACUGGAGGAGGAGAGGAAAGAGCUUCUUCUCCUCCACAAGAGGUUGGACCAGGAGAAGGAGAUACUGAGACAGCAGCAGAUGAAGCGAGAGGAAGAGGAGAGGCAGAAAGAAAAGGGGGCAGACAGUCGACAUCACCUGAAUGGUCAACAUCACCAUCAUCUGCAAACAACAACACAGAAACCAGAGACGACAACGUCUACGACUACCACACGAAAGCCCUUGGCUCCAGCGGCCCCCAGACCUCCAGCUCGUCCAAACCACACAAAGAGGAGGAUGAGGAAGAAUCGCAAACGCAUCAGCAAGGCAGCUAUGAGAGCGAUGCUAAUGUAGAACUACAGUACACCCAGGGACACAGUGUGAACUUGGUGUAUUUUGUGGAUAAUCCAGAGGUGACGCAGAGUGACUCCCUUCAUUUAAGUAUUUAUUCCUUCAUUCAGUAACCUGCUCGUCCUGUGAGGUCUCCUCCGUAACACUACUAAUGACUGACCGGUCAACCUGUAAGUACACCUGGAUGGAGUGAGAGGAAAAUGGAAUAUAAAUAAAAGUAUUUUUUGAAGAGAACACUCGUCAACGACGACAGUUACCGGUGGCGCCGAGGUCUGAGAAACUGUGUGAACGCACGACACAUCUGGACGACUGAAACUGCAUCACUGUGGAUAAAAGUGCAAUUUCAGAACUCUACUUGGAAACAUGUCUUGAUAUCAAAAGAGAGAAACUGCACUUAUAUAUUGACAAAGCUGAGUCUAUGCGGGGUUUGAAUGACAAAGUUUGUUGGACGUGAAAAUGGACAAAACUCUUCAGUGUCACGACAGAAUCCAUUGUAAUGUAAGAGACAUUCAUUCAGUGGACGGCCGUGACAACAAACGCUGACUGAAUUGACCAAUAUUUCCACGUGUGAUACAGCUCACAUGUUUCAGACUCAGUGUUGACUACCUUGGGGGGGGGGUGAAGCCGUGUGGAUUUACCGUACUAAGGCCUGAUAUCAUUUAUUAGCUCAUUAAAACAGUGAUGGUCUGUCUUUAACCAUAUUUAAUUCUAUUUAACUCACUGCAAA